AUGGCAAGUGGACCGGCGGAUAACAGCAAUCUCUCGCAGAUCUCUAUCGAUCCAACGGAGCUUAUGAUUCGGAUUCCGGUCAUGGGUGUGUUGGGCAUUCUCGCAAUCGUGUUCGCGGUCACCGGAAUGAUCGUCGUAAAGAAGAACCCGUUUCUCGCAGAUGGUGAUCAACUCGGCGAAUGUGGUCGUGAAUGCCUCGCUGGCUUUGGCUGGCGGUUUCGGGUUUCGAUUCGCGACGCCUCUCUCCUCAUGGAUCGCGUCAGUGGCCCGGUGGCAAGCUGUUUGCAUCGUAGCCGGGUUCUCGAGUUCUCGGUGAUUGGACACAUGCAGACAUGCACGAUGAUGCUAUUCUUUCUUCGACUUCAAUUCAUCGCACCCGACGGUCACCCGCUGAAGAUUGGGAAAGGG